UCAGUCACGUAGCCCGUCUGUUGUCUGGCGGAGCGCCGUGAUUGGCUAACGGCUGCCCAAGAGGCGCAAUAGAGGUCCAUGAUUGGCCGACAGCUGUUGAUAAGGCGGGAUCAUUUCAGCUGCGACUGUCAAGAUUGGCAAAGAGCUGGCGCUGCUGCGUGCAGGUAAAAGGAACAAGCCACACAAAACAGAAAACAUUUUUUUUGGCAGAAAGCGAGGAGUACGAUGGAAACGGACUCUCUCUCGAGGUAUUUAAGUCGAUGAAAAAGCGCAACACCUUCAGCUUCUUGGAAGAAAGUACCGUUGUGUCAACCAUCGUUUGGCUCCCGGGCACGCUUUGUACAGCAAGCAACUUGGACAGCUGCGUGUUUUCAGGCAAACCAUCAACAAAGAAUGAAAGCAUUCAAACGAGCUCUAGAAGAAGAGCAGCAUCUCCUGGAGCAUGAGCACUCCUCGGCUGUCUCGGACAGUGAUGACGGCUCCCCGCUCGACCUGUCAGGAAGGGGGCUCUUUGGGAAGCGCCGUCGCCGCGGCAACCUGCCCAAGGAGGCGGUGCAGAUUCUGCGGAGCUGGCUGUACGAGCACCGCUUCAACGCCUACCCGUCAGAGCAGGAGAAACUCAGUCUGUCAGGCCAGACUGACCUCUCUGUGCUGCAGAUAUGUAACUGGUUCAUCAAUGCACGUCGCCGCCUCCUCCCUGACCUGCUUCGCAAGGAUGGCAAAGAUCCCACAAAGUUCACAAUUUCCCGGAAGGUUGGUGGUAAAAGUGAAGGCCACUCGUCUAAUGGAGGUGGAGCCAGCUCUCCAGAAAGCAACUCUUCCACCACCUCAUCUCAGCAACGCCCGUCUGUCAUCCGCUCUGGCCCUACGUUGGACCUCAGCCUUCUUGGGAGCACAGCGACCGCUAUUCUGACAGGAGCAGGCUACCCUGGCAAGGAAGGGUCGGUCCAGGCGCUCAUGAAGCUGGACACACAAAGUCUGCUGAGGGAAGCGGAGGAACAGGGGGCAAAUAUGUUUUGUCUCACCAGCACAACAAUGGCAGCUAGCCCCACCAGUGGCCUCUUCAACACGCCUCCCCCAACUCCUCCUGAGCUGUUCCCUACCCAGGACUUCAGCGACUUGAGGCUCCUGGUCGACGCUGCUCUGCAGAGGGCAGCAGAGCAGGAGAACCUGAAGAGGCUCCAGGAGAGCCAGAACAGACCUACAGAGGCUGGAAAGACUGAACUAGUGGAGGCACAGUGCAGUGCGUAUAGCAGUGACCUAGGACCCACGCCGCCUCCAGAGGACAGCCAACAAGUCAUGGAUCCUUCCCAGGUGCAGAGUCUGAUGGAGAAGGCUAUGGCUGUUCAAGUGUCUGCUGUAACUUCAGUAACUACUCCAGUGCCUUUGUCUUUAGCAGCCUCUGUACCAGUCACAGCUCCCGCCUUGGUCUCAGCCCCGAGGCUGUCUCCUCUCCUGAUGAAUAAAGUAAUCUGGAGCCCCUUGGAGAAGGACACUGCCAGAGCCUCCGGCCCAAACCAACCUCCACUCAUCCCAGCCCAUCUGCCAACCGCAGUGCCAGCGUCUGCCUCAGUUUUAGGACAGCCAAAUUCUCAGAAACCAGCUGCUGCUCCAGUCAUCACCCCAGCUUCAUCAUCGGCUGCAGCCUUCAGCUCAGUUGCAGCUACAAGACCGGUCUCGCUGCCAUCACCAGUCUUUGUCUCGGCCACAAGUCCCGCUUCUGUCACUGCCCCAAGCCAAGCUUCAUCCCACACUGUAGCGCUGGUUUCAGCUGCUCCUUCUCCAGCUGUCUCCUCUUUCACAGACCCCAGAGGUGUCCCACUUUACCUGCCAUUCAACAAAUCUCCCAUAAUCCCAGUCACUGUUCCAUGUCUAUCACCUGUUUCUACUGCAGCGUCCUGUCCAUCCCCUGUUCACAACCCAGUCUUUGCCUCUGCCCAAACUCCAACUCCUCGCCCAGCUUCAGCCCCAACAUCCUCUUCUAUGCCAACAAUUACGCCUCUUCUCGGCCUGGCUUCCCACCUCACUGCUUCUCUUCAGCCUUCCUCCACCAGCAGUAGCAGUAUUCCUAGUGCACCGAGGAAUUCAGCAGUGGUGCCCAGUGUUUGGAGCAUGGUCCAUGCUGAUACUAGGCAACCCAGUUCUCUUCAAGUGGUAAAGGCCCCCAUUACCACAGUGUGGGGCCCGCAGCACAGCCUGCACACAGUGAGUGAAACUGUGAACUAGGAGCUGGAAGUUGGAUUUUUUUUUUUUUAAUUAUAAAUAUAUAUGUAUAUCUGGGGAGGAAAGGGGCCAAACAUUGCUGUUGGCUGGACAACACUGUAUAUAGGAGAAUGUAUCUUCAUCACCAGUCCCCUUUUAUCGUUAACGCCUGUGCCUGCAGAAUACAGGGAAUGAGAUCAGAUGUAUGAACUGGGACAAAAUAAACUAUCGAACAUGCGGUGUUAGAGACUUGCUGUUUCAAGCAACCUUUUAUUGUUAAAUAUCCUGUUCUUGAUGGAGGCACCUGCCGGUAAGAACUCUUUGAUGUAUUUUCUAGAAAGAACCUUUCCUCAGUGCAGAGUAAAUGUAUUGUACAAAGCUUUUGAUGCCAAUUUCAAAUCUCUUUCCAUGUUACAAUUUUAUGAAAUGAGGAAAUAUCCCUUAAUUGUACAAAAUGUCAAUCUGUCAUUUUCAGGACCAGCAUGUUAGCUCCUCAGUAGCAGUACUGGACUUUAUUGAAUGUACAAAAGUCAUUGAUAGGAUUGGCUAGGCUGACGAUCAUCAAUUUCCCUUCAGGCUAUAAAGGAGGAUAUGAGUUUAUUUGUUUUUUCCACGCACAGCAACGACAUCAAAGUCCUCUAUAGUAAUAACAGAAUUUUUUUUUCCCUUUCUUCAAGAAUUUAGUCUGUUAUUUACUACACUACAUUCCCCCUAUAUAUUUUUCUUGAGAUGAGCUGACAGGGAAAUUGAUUGUACUGCAGCAAGUCUGACUGAAUGACUUGCCCAAAUGUGUCUGUCUCCAUCACCCCCCCACCCCCUUCUUCCUGUCUUUUUAUAGCUAAGGGUAUUCAUUGGCCCUCAUGAAUGUUCAUCUCAACCACUCAACACAUGCUGUCAAGUACCACAUGUUUCUUUGUUUGCAAUUUCCAAUCUAUAAAAACGAGCCGUAUUUUCUUGUUUUUGCUGAAA